CUCUCUCUCUCCAUCUCUCCCUCUCACACUCCCCCUCUCCCUCUUCUGCUGUUUCUAAACCGCUGCAGUUUCUCUGCGGCUCUCUGUUCGGGCCGUGGACAUGUCGGUCAAGCUUCAGACUAGCAACGUCACCAAUAAGAGCGACCCGCGCUCCAUCAACUCCCGAGUCUUCAUUGGCAACCUCAACACCGCCGUGGUCAAGAAGUCCGACGUGGAGACCAUCUUUGGCAAAUACGGCAAGAUCGUGGGCUGCUCGGUGCACAAGGGCUACGCCUUCGUCCAGUACACCAACGAGAGGACAGCACGUGUGGCCGUGGCGGGGGAGAACCGGCGCGUGCUUGCCGGACAGACCCUUGAUAUUAACAUGGCCGGGGAGCCCAAACCCAAGCGGUUGAAGCGAGUGACCUCCACACUGCUCAGUGACUACGAUUUUGAUUAUGAAUAUUACAGGGACAACGUCUUUGAGAGGAUGACGGAUUUCCCGGCCAGACCGGCCCUGAUCCCGAGGGUGAUCCCAGUCAAGCGAGCUCGCGUUGUCAUCCCGGUGCUGAGGAGGGGGAAGGUUGGUGUUCCCGCCAAGCUAACGGCGCGCUCCACCAUCGCCAGCAAAACAGCCGCCAAACUAAAGUUGAAGUCAAACGAACUACAGCGGAUCAAGCUGGAGCUGAUCCAGAUCAAAUCGAACAUCGACUCCUUGCUGGGGCGGCUGGAGCAGAUCUCAGAGGAGAAAGAGCACGCGGACACCAAGAGGAAAGCGGAGGAGAACAGGAAAGAUUUCCCGCAGGAAGACUCGCCUUCAGAGUCUGCAGACAUUCCUACCGAGGAUCCCUCCGAAGCCGAUGGGGAGGAGCUGGCAGAGGAGACGGAGGAUAACGAAGACUGUGAAAUGGAGAACAGCCACAGUGCAGCAGCCAACACUACUACACAUUAAAGGGUGAGCAGCAGUGAACAGCCUGGCAGGAUGGACGGAGAAACCGUAUGAAACCACCAAGGAGAUGAGCAAGCGGGGGCCAGAAAGGGAGCGGGUUAUACGGCUCGUUUGCAACACUGCUAUUGGUCGGGGAGGGGGCGGAGGGGUUAGAGGGUGAGGAGGGAGGGCAAUCUCUCAGGCCCCGAGAUGUGGAGAAAGCAGUGAUGCUCUGGGAGGGAAAACCACUUGCUUGUCAAUCGCAGUUCAGUCUAUCUUCAUCAUUCCCCGAGGACUGUAUUUGGGAAAAUUCAGAUUUUUUAAAAAUAAAAUCUCCCCCCACCUCUCCCCCUCCGAGAGCGGGAGGCUUUUCUCCUCUGCCAUCAUCUUCCCAUAUCUCCACCUGUGUCACAUUUGUCUCCUCACCACAACCCCUCAGUGGUCCCAUUAUCUCAACACUCACUCUCAUUUCUCUCUGGGAUAAUAAUUUAUGGUCGCUCAGGGCUGACGGUGGGAGGGGAAUGGAGGGGUGUUUGGGGAGAUGGGGAGAGGAAGGACUGAAUUGUAAACCAUAGUUUAUUUUUUUAAGUUAGCAGGAAACUCCCUUUAUUUCUAUGACAUUUUUCAGUAUGAAAUAAAAAGUAAAUUAGAAAUGAAA